CUCCAGACUAAAGGAACUCCAGACUAGCAGCAACCAUGAUGCAAAAUUAUGACAUUUCAUGAAAUUGCUUUUUCUUAUAUAUUUCAACUCAACUUACAUCAUUUCAAGCAACAUUUGAGCACUUUUAAAAGUGUAUUUUGAACAUAUAUAUGUGAUAAAGUCACAGCAAAAUGACUACGUUACCAGAGGCAAAAGAAACCGCUGAGGUUGAGACAUGUUCAGGAACUCCUGAAGGGUUUAUGGGGGCCCUAGCCAUUUGGAUCAACAAACCCCAUGUUGUCAACAGAAGACUAUGUGGCUCUCGCACAGAUCACCUUCAAUCUGUACACAAACCAGAAUUUUCUCCAGAAAUAGUUGCCGACAUCACUGCAAACCUUGGACUUCAAUUUAAUGUAGAUAUCGCUGAAUGUUCAAAAGCUAAUGAAGGUACCAGUAAUGAUUUAGUUUCAUAUUUAGAGGGUUCAAUGAUGGAAAUGGAAUCUAAUACUCAAGAGAUUGGAGAAUAUCAUGGCAAUCAUAUAAAUUCUCAAGAAGAAAAUGAAAAUAUGGAGUUAGACUCAGCAGCCUCUGACAACAGUUCUCGGUCUGGUGAUUUGUUGUCCGAUGUUGAUGUCAGUGCUAUGAUUGAGGGUUGUACAGAUGAUGAAGUGUUAAUCAUUGUGAGACAGUUGCUGCCAAAACAGCCAGAGCGGCACAGAAAUAUUCCCGAGCUAAUCAUUAUAGACAAAGCCAACUGUAAGGGUACGUUCAUUCCCCUGAAAGAGGAAAACUCUUGUGUGGUGCCGGAAAUUGUGUACAACUUCUCUUUAGGUACACAGCCAAGUCCAUGCAUAACACUCUACACAAGCACAACCGACUGUUCAACAGAUUCGGAAAGAAAGCUUUCAUUGACCUGGCUUAGGAAUCAGCUUCUUCAGAAGCUUGCAAGAUGGAGCGAGCAGCCAAGCCUUCGUACACAUGUGACCUCACUUAGGCUUGUCAAUGUAGCUGAGUACAGUCGCUUGUAUAGUGAACUCAAAAAUAGAUAUGGCCUGCAUUUUGCUAAGAUUUGGCCAGAGAAAACCAACCCUGAGAAGUAUGUUUUUGAGGAUGUUGCCAUAGCUACAUAUCUACUGUGUCUAUGGAAUACGGAGCGACAGCGUACCGGAGUAGAUCGGAAACAAUCAUUUGCAGACCUUGGUUGUGGAAAUGGUCUACUGGUUCACAUCCUUAUGUCAGAAGGGCAUCCAGGGUAUGGGUUAGAUGUGAGAAAAAGGAACAUUUGGGAUCUGUACGGCCCAGGGACGCUUCUGAAAGAGGAAAGCAUUAAACCCUCAGAUGACAGUGUUUUUCCUGAUGUUGAUUGGCUGAUUGGUAACCAUAGCGAUGAAUUGACUCCAUGGAUACCCUUUAUGGCAGCUAGGUCCUCAUACACUUGCAAAUACUUUGUCCUUCCUUGUUGUUUCUGGGAUUUUAAUUCCCGGUUCAGUUUUUCCCGCCGACUGGGCCCCAUGCGGGAAGAAAACGGGAAAUACAGACAGUACUUGGACUACAUCCGGGAAGUUGGGGAAACAUGCGGGUUUAAUGUGGAUGAGGAUACAUUACGGAUACCUUCAACCAAAAGGAUAUGUUUUGUCGGCAGUUCCAGAGCCUAUGAGCAGGCAAAUGAGAAAAGUGUGGAUGAAAUGAGGAGACUUUUCCUUCUUUCUAGACAAAAUUCUCAGGAAAACUCAAAUCACAAUGGUAAAGAUAGCAAAAUAUGUGAUCCAUCUAGUGAAUCUUCUAAACAGUGGAUCAACGACUUCAGUCCAAGGAGCAAGGUGGAAACUACAAGAAAUUGUGUGACCAUUAGUGAACAGAUUAAAUCUCAUGUUGUGCAGACUGUAUUCGCAGCUUUGUUGGCCUGUGAAGGUGGUUUGGUGAAACUAGGUCAAGAUGGCCGCCAAUGGAGAGUUGGGGGUCGUCUCACAGUGUCCGAUGUUGUGGAAUUGUUUGAACGAGGGUUGUUGCAAGAGUUGAAAUCAGAGUGUGGAGGGCUGCAGACUCUCUUAAGAAAUCAUAGUCACAUAUUUCAGGCGAGUGGCGGGAAUGUAUGUCUUCGAGACUUCACAUUGGAUGACCCAUUUGAAGGAAGAUAUAACAAGGGCCGUAACUCUGACAAAACUGCCUACCAUAAGACAACUCUGUGCUGGUUUCAUGAAAACCAUCCAGAUGGCUGUCCUAAAAUGGCUGAAAGAUGCAUGUAUGCUCAUGGCGCGGAAGAAUUGAGGAGUAAACCCAAGAAAACAAAGUCUUGAUAUUUUAAUUAAACAAAUCGGAUUGGGUCAUACAUGAAAAAGAAUUGUGUUUAAUGUAAAUAAAAAAUAAAUAUGGUUUGUGGCAGUUUAUAGAGAUUUAUCAGUGAAAUAAAAAUGAUAUAUUUCCCUGUUUCAAACAAUGAAAUAACAUUUUCAAUGUUUUGAAAUUUAAGCCCGCUAUCACCAAAUCACAUAAUACUGGGACACUAUUUCAACCAGAACUGACGUUAUUUUCAUAUUCAAUGUGCCACGGAUUUCUUAAAAACUACAGUUAACUGUCAUUUCAAACCCUUUUUGGCAUAAAUUAAAAAGAAAAAUUGUUGGUUUCUGUGUAAGAUCACUAUAUAUAUAACUAGUGAACACCUAAGUAAAUAAUUUCCUUGUGGGAAACCCACUUAUGGAAUAUACAGUAGCCUUUGGUGCUCACUCUGUAAAAUAUAUAAUGAUCUUACACUGAUACAAAAAUAUCCUCUUUAUUACUGAUAAAAUUUCAUCAAAAGUUCAGGUAAGAGCUAAUAAGUCAGAAAACACUCCAUGUUUUAAGGCUGUGGAUUUGCAAAACAUUGUUCAAAUGAGCAUCUGUCAGUUGCUGUUUGUUCAUAAAACUAAAAUAGUUGAUUUCAACAAUGAUUAUAAAGAAAAUAAUGCCUUCAAAAUCUUGAAGCGAGUCUGUUUAAGAGUUAUUCAUAAAUUCAAGGAUGUGUAUGAUUAAAACUUGUAAGCAUAAUUUAAAAUUUGAGAGAGGUGGUGAAAAACUAACAUUGCAAUACAAAUUUUAAGAUGCAUUUUAUUAUUUUUUUUUCAAAAUUGAAAAAGCAUGAUUAUUAAGAUUUUUUAUUAAGGUAUUAAUUGUAAGAAUAUUUCUCUCUGAUGAAGUCGUUAUUGUGAAUAUUUGUUUCCAAAUAAAAUUAUAC